AGCACCUCCGCGCCUGCACCUACCAGCUGCCGCCACUGCCCUGCCUACUAAUCGGCAUUUAUUCAUCCCACUGUAAUAGAAUCCUGCGUAUCAGCCGUCCCAGCUCGAGGGGCAAACCCCACUGACGUCAACAGCGGCUGGCCGUGCUUCACCUGGCGAUGGACUGGGCUUCCUAUUCGAGACGCCUCGUCAUGCUGAUAACGCGCGUCACGGCCUGAGCGCCUUUCUCGCCUCUUUUCGUCUCUUCACCAUACGUGUACUACAUUAUCUCACCUCUCUUCUUCCUGCCUACUCCAUCCCUGCCCUGCCUAACAAGUACGAAGUACAGUAGAGCAUUCCGCACCGUCUCGCCGCCGUCCACUCCCCCCCUCGUUCGCACCGCAUCGAGGCAUCUCGAUGCUCCUCUGGCUUCUCCUCGGCCUCUUCAUCUCCUUCGUCAUGGGGCAUUUUGUCCCGAGCUUGCUCAUCCGGCGGCUGCAGGGCAUGGAGCGACCCCGGCCCGACGGCGAUGACGACGAGCAAGGCGACGACGACGACGGCAGCGGUGGCGAGCGCCGCGCCGACGACCUGCCCGCCUCGCCCGCCAACAAGACGCCCGCCAACAACGACCGCUACCACCCCACGCCCAUCGACAUCGCCGUCACCCGCAUUAUGCUCGCCCGCAGCAAGCGCCUGCCGCCCGACCUCGUCGACGCCAUCUUCGACUACGCCGAGUACUGGGCGCACUCGACCAACGCCAUCAACUUCACGACGGAGCACCAGGACCACCUCCGCAUAAGCAGCUCGAGCCAAGUCGAAACCAAGUUUCUGCUUCGCUCGUUUCCGCUUGGCCUCACGGGCAUCGCGGCCGACAAGGCCCUCGUCGAGGAGCUCGCGUACGAUACCAACGAGGCGAAACCACGGCCGCUCGCCAAGGAGCAUGAGCCGGCGUACUUUGCGAGGCUGGCCAACUAUCCCACCCCGAGGCUGGCCCGGCCGUGCCGCAGGAUUGUCUUUUCCAUCCGUGGCAAGGACCAGGGCUGGGUCAGCCAACCCGACUCGCAGGGCACGUUUGACGCCUCAUGGACGUGGUAUGAGGCUGGCCUGGAGCGUUUUGACGCAGACCAGGACUGUGACUCCAAAUGCACAUACGAUGUCCGUCGCGAAUCUCCCAAGUCGACGGCGAUGCCGCUUCCGGUGUGCGGCCUGCGGUCCCUCAAGCCGACCAUCAAGAGCAACCCCGAGGAUGAUGACUACACGUACGACCAUCCGCUGCUGCACCAGGACCCGUUCGUCAUCCAAAAGAACCGCACCGCCGCGCGAGAGUUCGACGACCACGUCGUCACGUGGUCGUACCUCGACGAUGCCAAGCCCGACUCGGACGCAGGCAAGGCCCUGGCGGAACAGGGGCGCGGCCGGGCCACCGGCGACGGCGCGUUCGUGCGCGACCUGAGGCUCGGCGACGUGGUCACGGUCUGGGGCAUGGCGAGGUUCGCAGGGUGGGUGAACAAUGUUGAGUCGGUCAAGAUAGACUUGUACUGGGCUGUGUGAGCGAGCGCGAUUGCGCACAUGUUACUGUGUUUCUGCGUCUCUAAAGAAUGCUCGUUACGAUCAACAUAACCCGCCCUGCCAUGCUCUGGUGCAGUUACCUGACGCAUCUAGUCACAGUAUGCCACGAAUGCCGGAGAGCAUGCAAGUACAGUAUACGCACAGCUUCAUGCUAUGUUGAGAGAGGGCUGGCUGUCAAUGCCCUGUCAGCAUUUAUGGUGCCUUUUUCAGCAUCUGGAGAAAUAGAUUGACAAGAGAGUUGGUCUGGCCUCGCGGCCACGGCUGCAGUCCUGAUAUCCAUUGAGAAUGGUUUACGAAUACACGACAGCCGUGACCCUGACGCAGUUGACCAACCCAGGUUACCCAGCCAAACAUGG